CUACAAGCAAUUUUUUGAAAAAUGACACUACCCAUAAUAUGAAUAAUUAUCUCAAUAACAAUAACAAUAACAAGAAUAAUAGUAAUAUUGAUAUCAAUAACUUUAGCAAUAAAUCCUCAUGUAACGAAUAUACAAAUUUACAAAAAUUUCAAUCAAUGAAAUCCUUUAAUGAAGAAUUAAGUGAGAGUCUAUCUGCAAGUUUAUUAGUAUCCCAUCAACACAGAUCUCAAAAAUCUCAACAGCAAAUUCUGUUGAAUCAAAAUUCUCAUAGCAGACAAAAUAGUUUUGGAAGAUCUCCUUCUCCAACUAAUCAUAACAUGUCUGUUUCUCCCAAUUAUUAUCCACCCAUUUCUUCAAAAUUAUCAACAACUUAUAAUAAUCCUCUAAAUAAUACUAACAAUAAUAACAUCAAUAAUAAUAACAUCAAUAAUAACGGUUUUAACAAUUAUUUUAUUUCCAACAAUAAACACAAUUUCAUGUCAAAUGAUAAUUUAAGUUUGGGACAAAAUAAUUCAAACUCGCCAUCAAACAAUGGUCCACUUUACAACAAUAUUUCUAAUAACAAUUUUCAAUAUUACAAUAAUUCAAAUUCCUCCGGUUUAAAUUUUAAUUUCUAUAAUAAUUUAAACAAUCUAAAUAACUUAAAUCAUGACAAUUUAAGUAAUAACAAUUUGAACAUGGUUAGAAAUUUUAGUAUAAGAAGCAAUAGAUCUUCAAAUAAUAAUCUUACCAAUCUUAAUAAUCCAAAUUUGAACUUUAAUCUCAAAGAUGGUUAUGGGUCUUCUGUUUUUCCAAAAAAAGCAACCUUGAAAAAUUUCUCUUGCAAUAAUAAUUCUUACAAUCAACUUAACGAAAUUAUUGAUAGAAUCGGUAAUAAUCAAUAUAUUAACUCCCCAGCACCUUUACUAAGUAUGCCAGGACACUCUUUCCCUACAAAUACAAUUGAAACAACUAAUGCUUAUGCAAAGAUUGAACCAGCGCCACAAAAGUUGAGCAGAUUUAGUCAUAAUCUUCAAAAUGAUGUCAAAGUAAUCGAUGAAGGUAAUGAGUACAACAGUGAUGAUUUUGUUGAUUCCUCUGAUGAGAUUUAAUGCUACAAUGAGGUUUUUUUCCACCUUUAUCUUUAUCUUUAUCUUUAUUUCAUAUUUUCAUGAUUUUAUUUUUUUUUAUUUCGGGUUUUUUGAUUUUUUUAUCUUUACCAACUCUAAUUCAUUUCUACUUCAAGCUUUAUUUUUCCUUUCUGAUUCAGAAAUUUGAUUAUCUUUUUUUUUAUUGGAAAAAUAUAGUGCCUGACUGUUUUUUAUUCAAUUCUAAUAAGUAAAUAAAUCGUACAUACAUAAUGAAUUUUUUUAUGGAUUUUUAGUUAGUGGUGUUUUUUUUGUGUAUAAAUCUGUACAAAUUUUAAUUAAUGAUUCCAUUUUUAUGAAAAUUUGACGAUAAUUAGACUGCAUAUGAAAAAAAAAAAUGUGUUAAAACCAGCCGAUUGAGGAUCAAGAAUUAAAAGGUGUAAUAAAAGUAAGAUUAAAAGGCACCAACAUAACAGAAAAGUAAUCUGAUCAUGAAUAACCAUUUAACUGAUUAUGAGUAAAA